CGCAGCGGGUCCGGUCCGAGCGCAGCCUCCCUUCCCAGGACACAGGGCCAGUUGAGCACAUUUCUUCCCCGAGUUGCCCACGAGAAGCAUGCCACUGCCAAAAAUGCCCAGCGUGCUUGACCUGGGCCUGGGGACGUGGAACUCGAGCUCCCCGGAGGAAAACUCCAGGGCUCAGGACACCUCCAGCAAGCGGCUGCCAGAGUACAAGGCGGUGGUGGUGGGUGCCAGCGGCGUGGGCAAGAGUGCACUGACCAUCCAGCUGAACCAUCAGUGCUUUGUGGAGGACCACGACCCCACCAUCCAGGAUUCCUACUGGAAGGAGAUGGCUCUGGAUCACGAAGGCUACAUUCUGAAUGUGCUGGACACGGCAGGGCAGGCCACCCAUAAGGCCCUGCGUGACCAGUGCUUGGCGAUUGGGGAUGGCGUGCUGGGUGUCUUCGCCCUGGAUGACCCCUCAUCUCUAGCCCAGCUGCAGCAGAUGCGGGCCACCUGGGGGCCUCGCCACACCCAGCCUCUCGUCCUCGUGGGCAACAAGUGUGACCUGGUGACCUCCACUGGAGAUGCUCAUGCUGCUGCUGCAGCCCUGGCGAAGAGCUGGGGGGCCCCCUUCGUGGAGACCUCGGCCAAGACACGACAGGGUGUAGAGGAAGCCUUUUCCCUGCUCAUCCAGGAGAUCCGAAGGGUCCGGGAGGCCAUGGCAAAGGAGGCGGCGAAAGGGCGCGGCGGCCAUAAAUCCCGACACAAGAACAUGUGCCACUGUGGCUGCAUCGUGGCCUGAAGGUCUCCGUCAGAGAAAAGCACCAAGCCAAGGGUGAUGGCUCCUUUCCACAAGAGCCUCCCAGAGCAACUAGCUGUGUAGGACACUGGGUGUACUGGGGAUAGAUGGGCCCCUCGCUUGGGGCAGUUUUCAAUGGGUGAUGGGUUUUUUGAUAGAAAAAACAGUGGGGCACUGUUCUGUCAAGUAGAGAGAUUUUGUGCAUAAUU